CCCCACUUUGCGAUACAACUUGACCAUAACCUCUGCCUUUGACUUUGACAACUCUUUUCCCACCGGGUGAAAGUGAAGGUUGGCAGUAAGGUUCGACUGGGGGCGUCAGCAUGGACGAGUCUCAGCCCUUGCUUAGAAACAUCACCCCUGAGAGACAUCAACAAGCAUACACCAACCCGCUCCCGGAUGAAGAUGGCGGGGCCGACAUCGCCGAGACCAUCAUCGUUGACUUCGACCCGCUGGGCGACCCGGACAACCCGCUCGAGUGGCCGACGCCGUUCAAAUGGACCGUUGUGAGCAUGCUCGCCUUUAUGGCCUUCACUGUCACAAUGACCUGCAUGAGCGUCGUCCCCCUGGCCUCCAGAAUCGUAGAUGACCUCACACCACCCAACACCCCCUCCUCAUCCACCAAGUCCGCCAGCGUGCUACUCGUGACUAUCUGGGAGCUAGGCGAAGCCGCGGGUCCAUUAUUCAUCGCCCCCCUCUCAGAGCAGCUAGGCCGAUACCCGACCAUGAACGGGGCGAACCUCCUCUUUGUAGCCGCUACCGUACUCGCCGCCACGUCGGCGACUAUCCCGCGGCUGGUGCUCGCGCGCAUGCUGACGGGCCUCGCCGUUGCGUCCAACGUGCUCGGCCCGGCCAUCGUCGGCGACAUUUUCCCCCAGGAGCAUCGGGGCGCAGCCCUCAGUCUGGUGUAUCUUGCCCCGCUGCUCGGGGGCGCCAUGGGCCCGCUCAUCAGCAGCGCCGUAGCCCAAGCGUGGGGCUGGCGCGCUGUCGUCUGGAUGACGGUCGGUCUGGCUUCGGGGUGUGAGGUGCUGUUCCUGACGUAUUUCCGCGAGACGUACAAGGUUGCGAUUCUCAGGCGGAGGGCGGCAAGGCUGGCGCUGCUGGCGGGGGGUGGUGAUGACAAGGGUGGUGCCAGUGGUGAUGCCCGCCAGAAGAGGUUCAAGACCGCGUUUGAUGAGGCCGAGAGGGGAGAGGCCCGAGGGGAGGAGGAGGGUUUGUGGGCGGUCGGGAAGCUGCGGGAUGCGGUGCUGCGUCCGGGCCUCGUGCUCUGCGGCAGCGGCGUGCUCGUGGCGCUGACUGUCUUCAGCGCCGUCGUCUUCACUUACUUUUACAUCAUGAGCACCACCCUGUCGGAUAUCCUGCAGGAUAUUUACGGGCUGACGCCUGUCGCGACAGGGUUCUGCUUUAUGAGUUUCAGUGCUGGCUCAUUCAUCGGCGUCGUCAUAUGUAACCGCACGCUCGACCGCAUCUACAUUCGGAUGACCAACACGCACAAAGGUGUCGGCAAACCCGAGUUCCGCCUUCCGCUGGCCAUUAUCGGCGCCUUUACCUUGCCGCUGACUGUGGGCGCGUAUGGCUGGGUUGCCGAGCUGCGGCUGCCGCUGGUGUUUCUGCUGCUUUCCGUCAGUUGCAUGGGCACGACGCUAAUGCUUGGGAUGCUCCCGGUCACGGCCUACGUUGUCGACGCAUUCGGCUUGUAUUCGGCCUCGGCUAUGACGAGCGUCAUCGUCACGCGCUGUCUGAUGAGCACCUUUUUGCCUCUGGCGACGCCUGCUCUCGUCGACGCCUUCGGUUAUGGAUGGGGGUUCAUGGCUUUCACUGGGCUGGGCUUGCUCCUGGCACCCAUCCCGGUUCUGAUGUUACGUUACGGGGCGCACUGGAGAAGGUCCUCCAAGUACACCCGCGAGGCAUGAGUGAAUGAUUGUGUUAUGACGGGACGGACCAAAAGUUAGGACCGAAGUCAUGUGGGGCCGAUAAAAAAAGUGCAACAAGACUACGCGUUCGAGGGUACGCCAAAAUAUACAGGCUAUAUAUAGCUAAUAAUGAUGCAGGAGCAACAGCUGGGUUUGUGUUCAAAGUCCUUCAACAACGGGUGGCCUAGUAUGCUUGAGUUCAAGUUCUGGCUGCUAAGAGCGGGCAGUGGCCGUCGCAGUGGCAUGAGUGGGAUUCAAGGCGAGAGUCUUAUCGAUGAACCAGCCACGUACACACCUUUCGACGAGCCCUCCUCUCGGGCUCUCAUCUGCGUUCAUCUUGGCCGCCGGAAAUACCCUGCUAAGUCGACUCGAAUCUCUCGGCCUCCCCACAGCCGGAGCGACAUGGAAGACACUGGUGUCGCGGACGGUCGCCUUGCAUG